AUGGUGGAAUUAAAUGAUCUGUCUCAGUGUGAAUAUCUGAUCCACACAUACACGCCCAGCGCGGAAUCCAGCUUGGUUGGGUCGCCUCCUAGGGUCACGCAUAGACUGGGAUCGCCCAAGAAGAAGAAUAGUGAAAAUCUUCGCGACAAAAUCGAUAAGACUUCUGUCGUGAUUAGAGACGACGAAGAAAUUCUUCCAAUAAUUGUGUGUCCCAAGUUACAAGAAGUUGUGCUAGAAGGUAAUCCCAUUACAACUCAAAGGACGAAGAUCUCCAGACAAGUGGAGGAAAUUCUGAGCAGGCGUUGUGGUGUAAAUAUUCAGAUCGAAAAGCUUGGUGCGAAGGAUGCAGAAAGGCGAUUUGGCGAACGUCUGCGAAAGAAAAACAACCGAAAAGUACCCAAAAUGGAUAUUAGGUCAGAAUACAAGGUAAAGAGCAGGCUACCCUCCCUGAAAAAGUUGGAUGUGGAUGAGGCCCUACGAAAACAGAGGGAGAAAGAUAAGCAGCGAAAUUCAGCAUCGUCAAUUUCCAUCAACCGAGACAGUCAAUCUGGAGAGGAGCCAUCUGAUAAAACUUCUCCCAACACCAUCUCGGAUCUCGUCUCUACUGAAUCGCGUAGCAAACAGUAUAGCUCGGUGGUUGUCCAGCCUAACAACGGAAAAGACACCAGUGUCGACUCCUGUUUUGUGACACAACUCGAUGUCGAGGCAGAUCCUGUCGUGACGAAUGAAGAGUCGGUGGUACAGCCUGUGCCCUGCCCACUUCUGCCUGACCUGGAUACGAGCAUAGAUCUUUCUACUCUGCCAACAACAAUUCAGAACUGCCUAAAGGAACUGCGUGACCUCGUUUCGUGCGAUGAUUUGCAUCUAGCCAAAAUGUUUAAACCCCUAAAUAUGAACAAAGAGAACGAAAAGGGGGUCGCGAAGUCCGGGGUAAGUCUAUAA